AAGUUCGCCAACUUAAAAACAACCUGCGCAUUUUUCUUUAAUAAAAAACUGCGCAUAUCGACGAAUGUGUCGUUUGUCUUUCUUGUCAACUCCAACAAAUAGAAGCCAAAAACAAUAACUGGGUGUUCGUGCAUUAUGUGGUAAAAAAAUGGAGACUGAGAAGCAAUCAGAUACGUACAGGGAAUACCCAAUAUGCAGGACCUGCUUGAAUAUUAUACGCCACAAAUCUUACAGGUUGCAAGAAAAUAGCGGAUGCGGCGAAGGCCUAAAAAUUUCUCAUAUUUUAAGAUCCAUUGUACCUGAAUUGUAUUUGGGGCUGUCUAAUAGUCCAGAAAUAUGCGAAAAUUGCCGGGAGUGUCUACGAGUAUCGUACACAUUUCGAAAGUUAUGCUUGGAAACGGAAACCAUGAUAGGAAAUUACUUGAAGAACGUACGAUGUACAGCUCAAGUGAUAGAUUUGGGGGCCGUCAUAAACUAUUUGAGCUCCAAAAAGGCGCAACAAAAUUCCUCCGAAGAAACCAAAGUGAAUUCGGAUGAAUCGAAUCCCGAAAAUCUCGCGAAAUUGUUGAACAAAAUAAACGAAUCCCCCAAGAAACUGGAGGUGCCCCUAAACAAAGAGGAAGUAAAGGAAACUAAGGGCAAACAGUUCGGCUUGGAUUCCAAAGAAAUUCUGCUAUUAAAUAAAUCUACUAACAAAAUGGAAACCCUUCAUUUCGAUAUCGUAUCCGGAUUUUACAUAAAUCCUUCGGGUAGGAAAUACCUAAUAAAAAAUGAGAAGGCCUAUCCGAUACCUGAUAAUUACACAAUCGACAAAUUACUAACACGUAGAAAGAAAUCCGCAAAACCCCAAGUUGUUGAGAAUAAAACCGUAAAUAAAGAAGAUAAAAUUAAAAAAACCCAACAACAAAUUAAUUCCAAUAUUAACAAAAUUUUGGAAAAAUCCAUUACACAUAAGAAGGAAUCUAGCGAGACUGAAAACGAUGUUGUACCCGAGAGACGAGAUUCGAUUACGUUCUCUGAACCAGAAACUGAAACUCCUAUCGAGGAAAGUUCAACCUCUAACGAGCCCACGAUGACAGUGUGCGAGGAAACAGGCCUGCUAAGAAACGCCCAAGGCGAUUAUUUCUAUCUGGACGGCACCCCGAUGGACAAAGACCAAGUAGAAAUCGAGAGAAACAAUGCGAAAGUGCGCGGCGAAAGCCUCUUCUCAAUAACCGAUAUAUGCACGAUCAACGAUGAAGAUUUCGAACCAUCUAAAAACCAGCAAAAAUCCAACAAAACCAAAACAAGUGCGCCCGAUUCUAGUAAAACAGAUCUAAACAAAAAACCUCCAAAAGUGAUUGGCAGUAUUUCUGUGAAGAAAUUCGCCGAACUAAAGAACGCCGAUACCCCUUUGAAAAUUGCCUCGAAAUUAUCCUCCCCACCUUUACUACCCGCAGGAGACAUCGAAAGCCUCGCCAUCGUCGGCCCGAAGAAGAGGUACAGGAAAAUCCUUCCGAACCAAAAGAAAAAAUCCACAGGCCGACCGUCCAUCUUCAAUCACCUGAACUCCAUGAUGAAAGAGGAACCCGAGAAGAUUUUGAACUUCAGCUUUAAAAUCCCCCCGCCUUUAGUAUACCAAACGCCACCUAUCGAAGAGCAGGAUAAAAUCGAUAAUGUUCAAUUUCCAACACCUACCUUCGACACUCUAACACCCAUGGUGGAUGUCAAAGAAGAGCCUUUGGAUAUGGAGGUACCGUUCGAAAACGUUGAAGAUCCCUUACUCAUAUCCCACACCGAUUACGAUUCCCUGCAGAAUAUCAUCGAACCUUUGGCAUCAUCCGAUGACGUUGGGAAUAAUUACGUAGACGUCCCGGAGUUUGUGCAAAUCAACAACGUUGAUAUAAGUGAAGUAAAUGAUUCGAAGAAAACGAAUGAUGUAGCGGAAGCCAGUUGUAGUAUAAAAGAAAGUGACCAAAGACCGGUAAACAAGCCAACGAUCACGAGGUUACCUUUCCAGCUCGUAAAAGUCGGAAACCAUUAUAAAUUGAAAGACAAAACUACGAAAACUUCUAAUAGAUCUGUGGUUAGCAAGGCAAAGGGCAAACGAAAAGUGAAAAUCGUACCCGUCAAAAACUUCGCUCCGAAUCAGAACAUCCAAAUCCAACGACCGCCGAAAAGCGAUUUCGUGCUGAUUCACUCCACCUUCACAACGGACGGAUACUAUUUGAACGAUCACGAUUACCUAAUCACUCCGUACGUUCGAGAUAAAAUAGUCCUAUUCGACGGCAGCCACGCCACUUGCAUUUGCUACAUUUGCGGCAACGUGCACCGAGUGGACGACCACAUGGACCACAUGAAGAACCACGAGUCCCUCUGCGAGCACUGCCUGGACGACUUCGGCAGCCCCUACAAUCUCAACAUGCACAUGAAGAAGAGCUACAAAACGUGCGUAAGGACCCCCAAACAGAACUCGCCCGAGACGCUCAUGCUGGCCCAAAUCAAAAAAAAGGAUAACGAGAAGUUGAAACGUUGCUUCGUGCCGUCGUGCCAAAACACCUCGAAGAACUCGAAGCGGAAUUUCGUUCGGGUGCCGCCGGACGCGCACGAAUCGUGGGCGAAGGCCGUGGGAUUGCCGUACACGAUUUACAGGAAGUACUGGUGUUGCGACGAUCACUUCGAUAUCGAAGAUUUCGUGAAUUUCCACGAGUUCAAAAUAAUCGACGGCGUGACUAUAACGAAGAGCCAGAACACGUUGAAACUGAAAUCCGCUGUUGUGCCGCACAGGAAUUUAGGUCCGGUCGCGAAUAAACCGAGGAAUUCGAAGGGUGUUCAACCGGACAAAACUUCACUACCCGCAGAAAACCAGGAAAAGUCUAGUAACUCAUCGGAGAGGAAUCGUCCGAGGUCCCUGAGACCGCGUCCCGAUAGAAAUCGUAGUGAGAAGCCGCCCGAUGAGACAUUAGAGGAUGAGACUGAUACGAGCAACGAAGUUUCGGAGGCUGAUAGGACGAGGUCGUCGAGAAAACGGGCCCGUGCGAGUGUCGAGGAGGACGAGGUGCAGUUGAAAAGGGUCUUGAGAACCAGAACGAAGAAAUCGUACGCUGAAGGUCCUUGAUGACGGUUGAAGAAGGCGCGUCAGUUUUGUUAAUAUUCGAUGGGUACUACUAGGAUGAGAAUAGUCUGAGGACUGGGCUUGAUGCUUUCAAUAAUUGUUACGUUGUUUUAAAAAUCAGAUUAUUUAUCGUGUUUUAAUUUAUUUUCGUAAGUUUAAAUGUGAAUUAUUUCAAUUAUUUCAAUACUACAGUUAUUACAAUUUAUGCACGAAUAUAACUAAAGUUUGUACCGUUCAGGGUAUUCGAAAGUGCUGAAGGUUUUGAUUUGUGUGAAUACAAAAUAAAUAGUUACAAGGAUUAGUAUAUUUCCUCUUUGUAACCUCCUCGUUAUCUAUGAAGUACAUAUUAGUUAUAGUUUUAAAGAUGUGUAAUCAAUAGUUGAAUUUAUAGUAUUAAAAUCGUGUAUAAAUGUAAUCAGCAUAUUAUAAUCAUUUUUUCUAAUAAAUGGUAUGUUCCAACAAUGGUAUUGAUAUUAUUAAUUUCGUAUUUUCGUUGGAACAAACCUACUGUACUCGAUGUUAAUUUGAUUAAUAUGUUCUAAUUUAGACAUUAACUCGUACUGUUUUUCGUGGAUGUUUUAUAAUAGGCAUUUAAAACUUGUUCAGAGUGUUCCCCACUCGAUUAAUAACCGACGAACAAAAGGAACUCUCGUUUUGUUUAAAAUAGAUACUAUUCAGGGCUCUUUUUUAAUGCUAAUUAAUCCUUGAAAGAGUUUUCUUUAACUUUGACAGUUUUACGUUGUUGUUAUGGAGUAACUAAGGACAUUGUUUACGUUAAAAACACUUUUACGAUAGAUUU